GGUGCCUGUGACUGCUUAUUACAGUAACUGUUUUUUAUUAUAUUAAAUUAUUGCUGUUAUCAUAUUAAGGCAUAUACAAAUAUAAUGUGUGUGUGUGUGUGUGUGUGUGUGUGUGUGUGCGUGCGUGUGUGUGUGUAUGGAAUCCACACUGUUGUGAUGUCAUAUAGAAUGUGGAAUGUGUAGUUAUACAGACAGUCAGUAGAUCUCAGUCAGGAACCAGACACAGCUGUCAUUUGUUAAAUAGAUUUGAGGUAGGCAACACGUCAACUUAAACAGAACUCUUCACUUCAGAGGAAGACAGCGAAAUGGUAGAAGUGCACUUCAUAAAUCUAGAGGAAAUAGUUCAACAGAGUGACGAAGAGGAGCAAACUAUCAGUGAACGGGAAGAGCUCAGGAGAAGACUCAUUCAAGCAGGAACCAGCUACAGACAGAAGAAGGAGCUCUAUGACAGGAUAUUGGUGGAUGGACUGGCGCUUGAGGAAUUGACAAACGAGAUUGUAGCUGAAAACAAGAAACUUACCGGCAGAGUGAAAGAGUUGCAACAGCAGCUGGCAAAUAUUAAAAAGAAGAAGCAGAAGCAAGAAGAAGAGGAAGAAGCCCAGACAGAGGAGCUUCUGUUUGAGGAAGAAGAAAAAAGAAUUGUUAGGCAUCAGUCAAUUUACAUAAAAAAUAUGGAAAAGGAUAAUCAGAAGCUGAGGGAGAAGAAUGAGAAUUUGAGUGUUGAACUGGACCAACUCUGUCUGACAGAGAAAUAUGAGGAUCAUCUUGAAAAGCUGAAAACGACUGAGCAGGAAUUAGAGCACAAAUUGGAGGAGAUUGAGGAAGCCCUACGUAGUAAAGAUGAUGAAAUCAAGAAGAAAUUCCAGACAGUGGUUGAAAAACUGAACGAGAUAGAGGAGCAUUUAAACAACAUGAAGGCUCUCAGACAGGAACGACGAGAACUUCGAGAACAACUGAGAAGCACACAGGAAGAGCAGAUAUUAGCUGCACAGAGUUCUCCAGAGGAGCCAUUAAGUGAAAAAAGACAACCACUGGACGUUUCAGCAAUGGAUGAGGAGGAUGAAGAACAAGAUAAGAAGACUGAGAGCUGGUGGCAUCGUUGUGCUACGAUCCUGUGGAGAGGAAUUAAGGCAGCCGGGCUUAUCACCAAUUGUGUCCUCCUUUCUGUGGGUAUCAUGACCUCAAUCGUGCCUUUCUGCAACAGUUCCAACCCUGACUGCAACCUUUGGAGCAUCAUCUUCAACAUGCUGGAGCCCUACAGCCAGCUCCAGCACAUACACCCUCCUGUUAGCUAAAACCUAGCUAGACCACACAUUACAUAGAGAGCUUAGCCUGACAGAUGAGUCUUAAAAUGGCCACUGAGCACUUGACCUGACCUUGCACCUGACCGCCCAGGAAGGGGGCUCCCUCAUUUGUGGUCCUUCUCAAGGUUUCUUCCAAUUUUUCCCAUGAAAGGAAUUUUUUUUGGGAGUUUUUCCUUGCCCUCUUGAGGGGGGUGCUCUCUCUCUCUCUCUCUCUCUCUCUCUCUCUCUCU